CUCUUGUUUCGGUUUCCAUCGAUAUUCUUUCCUGAUUCAUCAAGGCGAUCUUAAUUCCACCAGUUGGCUGAAGCUUCGACGAGUUCAUUUUGUGCAUAAAUCAAUUCGACGGUCGGCUUCGUCGACUUAGGGUUUCUUUUUGAGAUGCUUCGGUAUCUUCCAUGAAAUUAACGGUUAUAGUGUUCAAAGAUGCUGGAGGGUGCGACUUUGGAUAACAUCGUUUCGAUAUCUCCGACGAGUUCUCGGUCUGUGACCGAGACCGUUAAUGGUUCCCAUAAGUUUGUGAUUCAAGGCUACUCCCUUGCGAAAGGGAUGGGAAUCGGCAAGCACAUUGCGAGCGAUAAUUUCAGCGUCGGAGGAUAUCAGUGGGCGAUUUAUUUUUAUCCUGAUGGGAAGAACCCUGAGGAUAAUUCGACCUAUGUUUCUGUUUUCAUUGCACUGGCGAGUGAGGGUACGGACGUCCGAGCACUCUUUGAGCUUACGCUUGUUGAUCAGAGCGGGAAGGGAAAGCAUAAGGUUCAUAGCCACUUUGAUCGGUCUUUGGAGAGCGGUCCGUAUACCUUGAAGUAUCGAGGGAGUAUGUGGGGUUACAAGCGCUUUUUCAGAAGAGCUAUGCUUGAAACAUCAGAUUUCCUCAAGGAUGAUUGUUUGAAAAUUAAUUGCACUGUUGGUGUUGUGGUUUCGGCAAUAGAUUGUUCAAGUUCGCAUCCAAUACAUGUCCCUAAUUCUGAUAUUGGAGAACAUUUUGGUACGCUGCUGGAGAAUCAGGAAGGCUCAGAUGUGAUUUUUGAUGUAGCUGGCGAAAAAUUUCAUGCUCAUAAGUUGGUGUUGGCUGCUAGAUCCCCUAUAUUCCGAGCUCAAUUUUAUGAUGGGUUAGAGGAAGACAAGCAUGAAAUUUUCAUUACGGAUAUUGAACCUAAGGUCUUUAAGGCUAUGCUACAUUUCAUCUACAUGGAUAGUCUAAUAGAAGAUGAGGAGUUGGUCUCACCAAGUUCAUCUUGUGUAACUUGUGUGUCUGAAACACUACCUGCAAAGUUGUUAGCUGCAGCUGACAAGUAUGAUUUGACAAGACUUAGACUGAUAUGUGAGUCGUAUUUGUGCAAGGAUAUCUCUGUGAACUCUGUUGCCAACACUCUUGCUUUGGCUGACUGUUGUCAUGCCAUGGAACUAAAAGCUGUGUGUCUGAAAUUUGCUGCUGAAAAUCUUGGAGGAACUCCCCAAGUAAUUGAAAUUCGAGAACCAAGAAUGGAGCCUAAGGUUUCGAUUGAUAUUGUUAGCUAUGUUUCGUGCAUAUUUUUGCUUCUUCAUACUCUAAUUGCCAAUUCUCAAUGCAGCCGUUAUUCGAUCAGAUGGGUUUAAGCACCUUAAAGAAAAUUGCCCGGCUUUGCAAUCAGAGCUCCUGAAGACAGUUGCAGGUUGUGAGGAGGAAUGUAGCAGUGGCGGGAAGAGUCGCAGUGUGUGGGCCCAGCUCUCAGAUGGUGGUGAUACUGAUGGCAGGAGGGUUAGGCAACGGACUUGAUAUUAGGGUGAAAAACAAAAGUCUAGCUUGGGAACUUCGUU